AGAGAGAGAGAAGAAGAAGACUAUGGUUGGAAUCGAAAAAAAAGCAACAUUUUUCAAAAAGUUGUCUUUUCGUCCCUUUUCUCCCACCCACACAGCUUUCCCCAUGUUCCAUUUACGUUAACAUUUUCUCUUUUUAUUCUUUUCACGUUACAGAACAGAACAACUGUGACAUAAGACACGGACAUCAACCGUUCUUUCCUAGGACUGUGACACAAGACACGGACAUCAACCGUUCUUUCCUAGGACUGUGACACAAGACACGGUCCUCAACCAUUCUUUCCUAGGACUGUGACACAAGAAAAAAGGAAGACCUCGUAACUCGCGCAAACUAAACAUUAAUUGACAAUACUAGUUUUCUACAAUCGGCAGACGCCUUAUUUCAUCACCAUGUCAGGGCAGGUGGACAGCCAGAAAGACAGGUCAGUGGACGGCAAAACAGACAGGACGCUGGAUCAGAAAGACAUGACUGUGGACGGCCAAACAGACACGACGCUGGAUCAGAAAGACAUGACUGUGGACGGCCAAACAGACACGACGCUGGAUCAGAAAGACACGACACCGGAUCAGAAAGACACAACUGUGGACGAUCAGGAAGACAUGACAGUGGCCGAGCUGGCUCAAUCGGGCGCCGUCCGGUGCUCCUGGUGUCAGGACACGUUCGAACGGCCCGUGAUGCUGCCGUGCCUGCACACUUUCUGCCAGCUCUGCGUCAUAGACCACAUCCUGAUCCUCGCCGAAGGAGAAACAAACGAACGGAUGGAAAAAGCCCAAUCGCUUCGUGAGGCGGGCUCAGAAACAGACAUCACGGAUUCCCAGUCCCCAGAAUCAGACACCAGAGUUUCCCAGGCCCCAGAAACAGACAUAGGAGAUUCCAAGGCCCCAGAAACAGACAUCGGAGAUUCCCAGGCCCCAGAAACAGACAUCGGAGAAUCCCAGUCCCCAGAAACAGACAUCGGAGAUUCCCAGGCCCCAGAAACAGACAUCGGAGAAUCCCAGGCCCCAGAAACAGACAUCGGAGAUUCCCAGGCCCCAGAAACAGACAUCGGAGAAUCCCAGUCUCCAGAAACAGACAUCAGAGAUACCCAGGCUCCAGAAACAGACACCGGAGAUUCCCAGUCCAAAGACACAGACGUCAGGAAUUCUUCGUCCAAAGAAACAGACAUGGGUAAUUCCCCGUCCCCAGACACAGACCCCCCGAACACUCUGUCCGUCAACCCGCCGUACGUGACCAUCUCGGUGCCGUGUUAUUUGUGUCAGAAGACAAUCACGCUCAGUUCCCUGGUGCCGCUCAACGAUUUAGAAACACUACUCGACAGAAAGAGGGGAGGAGCGCUGAAAGAAAAGAACACCGCGGUAGAGACACCUCCAGAAAGAGGAGGCGACGAUAGACCUAGGACACUGGCAGAGGAAUUGAUGAUGGUCAUCGAGGAAAGAUCAAAAAAUAAAAAAGAUGGACAGGAAUCGGAGGAGUUGGACUUGGAAGACAGCCUUGAGAGAGCAGCAAGAGCCGCAAGCGAAUUCAGGGCUGCAUUAGCGUCUAUUCAAGACCUGGUAAAAGACAGCGUCAGUCCAGGAAAAAACGGGGGGCAUAGCAGAACGAACGGCCGCCAUUGUAGCUUUCUAGAAAAGACAAACUCGUGGCCGGCCUCAAAAUCCAUACGCAAGGCUCUGGUGACCAUGGUAGUGGAGGAAUGUCUGCCCGUCAACCACUUCAUGAACUCCGUCAGUCACCUGAACCACCUGAAGAGCGACACUCCCAAACACUGCGACUACUGCUGUCUAGAAAAGGAUUCGGGGUCGGAGUCUGAGACUGAGAGUGAGGAUGACGGAGACGGAGACGGAGACGGAGACGGAGACGGAGACUCUGCCCCUCGCCGCGAAGUGCCCGCCUACGGCCGGUGCCUCGAGUGCGGAGACAACAUCUGCGCCGCUUGCAUGAAGGCGCACCGCAAGACGCGAGUGACGAGCAGUCACAAGGUGGCGCCCUUCACCAGCAUCUGCCAGGGCCUCUACGACUACGACAUCCGCCAGACGCAGAAGCGAGUACCCUGUGACCUCCACCCGGGCAGCGACCUCUCCCACUUCUGCACCAACUGUAACCGGCCGGUCUGCCAGGUGUGCCGAUGUGACAAGACGCACCAGAGCCACAAUCUGGACAGUCUCUCGGACGCCCAUGGCGCGGUCUCGCGUGAGCUGCUGCUGUUUGUCCGCGGGUUUGAGCAGCGCGUGAUUAUGACGCGCGACAUCAGAGAGAAUCUCGAGAAGAGGAAAGCCGAGGCCAAGAGGAAGCUGCAGAUCUGUCGGGACGGCGUCAUCAAAUGGACGGACUACCUCAAGAACCUUAUCCAGAUGACCAGCCUGAUGCCCAACCCCGUAAAGCCUCCGCUCCGAGUGACCCAGAUCAAUGCCCGGUGCCCCAGCGACACGAUAGACCCCUACCCCACAGGCAUCUCAGUGGGGCCCGUCAUCACCGCCGUGGUAGACCGCGAGAACGCCGCCGUCAAGUUGUUUGAUGCCACGGGGAAGUACCUCCGGAGCUUCAGGGGAUCCGGGAACAACACCCUCGUCAAACCGUUCGAUGCGGCCUGGCUCCCCAACGGAGCCCUCGCAGUCACCGACCCUGGCGCUGGGGCGGUCCGCGUCUUCGACUGGACGGGACAUUACAUCACCGACUUCAAGGGCGAGAUACGCCACCCCAGGGGGAUAGCUCUGGAUAUGAAGAGGUGGGAAGUGGUCGUGGUCGACAGCCAUCUCCGCCGGCUGAGCGUGCACUGCGCGGACACGUGCGAGCAACUGCUCACCCUCCGACCAAUGAGCGGCGAGCGUACGGGUGGAGUUGUGGAGCACGCCAGCCGAGAGCAGCUGGUGGAUCCGUGCUACGUGGACGUGACACCCACGGGGAAUUACGUGGUGGCAGACGCCGUGGCACCGCACGUCAAACUGAUCUGCAGACCACCGGGGUCGGUGAGCGGGCAGCAAGGCACGGUCCCAGAAGAGGAACAGCUACUUUUGGCGCAGGCCGUGGACUACGGCGCAAGGGAGGAGGAGACGCUUCGCCCCGGGGGUGUAUGCGUCGACAAGUUUGGCCAGAUCCUGCUGGUGGACACGCUCAACGGACGCGUGCACCGCGCGCUGCCCGAUGGGAGGCUGGUCGGGGUGGUCGUCGGGGUAGUGGAUGGUCUGUCUCACCCGCUCUGCCUCGGCCUUGACAGGCAUGGUCAUGUAUUCGUGGCACAGGCGGGGGGACACAUCGUGGUGCUCGAGUAUGUGUAGAUAGGAGUGGUAGAAGUACGGAGGUGUUGGGUGUGGUCGAAGGGAGUGAGUGAGAGAGAGAGAGAGAGAGAGAGAGAGAGUGAGAGAGAUACACGAGGGGGGAGUAUGUGU